UAGCUCACUGGGCAACAAUGAGGUGGAAAUGUGUGUGGUUGUGUUUCCUUGCUCUCUCGGUUGCCAGUGUCAUCGACGUCCAAGCCAGACUGGUUCACAACCACGUCAGCAGCAUCUGCAGCACGUGGGGCCGAGAGCACUUCAAGACGUUUGACGGUGAUGUGUACCAGUUCCCCGGUACCUGUGAAUACAACCUGGUCUCCGAUUGCCACGUGUCCUACCAGGAGUUCUCCGUGCACAUGAAGAGGAAGGACAAAGAUGGAAACCCGACAGUCAGUCAUGUGGUGGUCACCAUCAACGACCUUUUGUUCCACCUCACCAAGGACAUGAUCACUGUGAAUGACCUCCCUGUUAAAACGCCAUAUUACAAUGGAGGGGUACAAUUGGAAAAGAAUGCGGUUUACAUCAAGCUCCAAUCUAAAGUUGGCAUCACUGUCAUGUGGAACGGUGACGAUGCAGUCAUGGUGGAACUGGAUGCUGAUUACGUGAAUCGUACUUGUGGACUUUGUGGAGACUUCAAUGGUGUUUCUGUCCACAAUGAGUUCAUUCAUAAUGGUCGCAAAAUCAGCCCCGUUGAGUUUGGAAACAAACAGAAAGUUCAUCGUCCAAACGAUGAAUGCGAGGACCCCUUUGAGGAGGAGGAGGAAUCACUGGAGGCUGUGCUGGAUUCAUGCAAGGAGUUUCAAACCACCUGUAACCAGAUGCUGCGUUCAGAGCCCUGGAGCUCCUGCACCAAACUGGUUAACCCUGAACCUUACAUCCAGGCCUGUGUGCAGGACAUGUGUGGCUGUGCCAACAGUACAAAUGACUUUUGUGUGUGCAGCACACUGUCUGAGUUCUCUCGACAGUGUUCUCAUGCAGGAGGGCAGCCUCCCAACUGGAGGACGCCUCAGUUCUGUGCUAAACAGUGCCCAUACAACAUGAUUUAUGAAGAGAGCGGUUCCCCUUGCAUGGAUACAUGUGCACUUCCAGACACAAGUUCACUGUGUGAGGACCACAAAAUGGACGGCUGCUUCUGUCCUCCUGGAACUGUAUUCGAUGAUAUUUCCAUGAGAGGGUGUAUUGCUCAAUCUGAAUGUCAGUGCAAACACAACAAAAUCUAUAACUCUGGUGAGGUCUACCAGCAGGACAGGGAGAAAUGUACAUGUGUUGAGGGUAGAUGGGCUUGUGAGAGCCUUCAAACACCUGCUACGUGUGCAAUUGAAGAGGGUUCACACGUAACUACCUUUGACGGGAAAACCUACACCUUCCAUGGAGACUGUUACUACACUCUAGCCAAAGUGGAAAGCAAGGAUCAAGCAAGUCCAAAGUUCACCAUCCUGGUUCAGUUGGUUCCUUGUGCAAAUCAAGAAUUGGACACUUGUCUUAAGAGCCUUAAAAUCCUGCUGAACAAUGACAGAAACAAUGCUUUAAUGUUCACUUCUGAUGGCACAGUAAAGCUGAACAUGCAGACCAUCAGUUUACCGUACCACUCAGGUGACAUCAACAUAUUCCAUGCUUCAUCCUUUCACAUCUUGCUCCAGACCAGUUUUGGAUUGCAAAUUCAGAUCCAGCAUGUGCCUGUUAUGCAAAUCUAUGUCAGCCUGGAACAAAGCUACAGAGCAAAGACACGCGGUUUAUGUGGGAACUACAACAUGGCCCUGUCUGAUGACCUGAAGACUCCUCAGGGGAUCGUGGAGGGAACAGCAGUCACCUUUAGUAACUCCUGGAAAGCUAACCUCAUGUGCCGAGAUAGAGAGGAAAGACUUGAGGACCCCUGUUCCCUCAGUGUGGAAAACGAGUUGUAUGCUAAACACUGGUGCGCAUUGCUACUGAGUACAGCCAGCAAUUUUUCACAGUGCCAUUCAGUGGUGGAUCCUGAUAUAUACUACAAGCGAUGUACUUAUGCGAGCUGUAACUGUGAGAAGAAUGAGGACUGCUUGUGUGCCGUCUUUUCGUCCUACGCUCGGGCUUGUGCAUCAAAGGGAGUGUUCUUGACAGACUGGAGACAGAAUGUGUGCGAUAAAUACACGAGGAGCUGCCCAGCAUCUCAGAUCUUCUCUUACAAGCAUCAGCGAUGCCAGUUGACUUGCAGAUCACUGGGCACAAUGCAGAAAAGUUGCACUUCUGACUUCUUGCCUGUGGAUGGCUGCUCCUGCUCUGAGGGUCUCUACCUAAAUGAAAAUAACAUCUGCGUUCCCAUGGCUAAAUGUCCCUGCUACCAUAAUGAAGUCUACGUCAAGUCAGGAAAGUCCAUCAGCAUCAAAGAUGAGCACUGUGUGUGUACCAAUGGGAUGCUGCAUUGCCAUUCGUGGCGAGCUCGCUCAUCAACAUGCACUUUUCCAAAAGUGUACUUUAACUGCUCCGCUGCGGGCACAGCAGAGCUGGGACUGUACUGUGCUCGAACUUGUUUAAAUUUGGACAGCAAUGAUUGUAACUUCACAGAGUGUGAAUCUGGCUGUCGGUGUCCAGGUGGCCUCCUUGAAGAUGGCAAAGGUUCCUGUGUGAAAGAAAAUGAAUGUCCAUGUCAACACAAUAAGCAGAUUUAUGCCCAUGGAUCCCAAAUCCCUGACCAGUGCAACACCUGUACCUGCAAAAGUGGAAGCUGGGCGUGCAGUAAGAACAAAUGUCCAGGAACUUGCAUUAUUUAUGGGAGUGGUCACUACAAUACAUUUGAUCAGCAAACAUAUGGGUUUCAAGGACAUUGUGCAUAUGUUGCUGUAAAGAACAAAUGUGGCAAUAAAACAGUACAUGACAACUUUGGAGUUAUCACAGAAAAUGUACCAUGUGGAUCUACAGGCACCACAUGCUCUAAAACUGUCAGAAUCCAGCUGGGGCGAAUGGAAGUCAAACUUUCAAAGGGUAAAUAUGAAGAGGUCGCCAUGGGAGAUGGUGCUGAGAUUCAGUACAAAAUAAGGAAGGUUGGCUUGUAUGUGGUGCUAGAAUCUGCCAUUGGUCUGGUAGUGAUGUGGGAUGGCAAAACUACUGUUCGCAUCAUCCUGGAACCACAGCACAGCGGAGAGGUAUGUGGCCUGUGCGGAGAUUUUAAUGAUGAUGGACAGAACGACUUCACCACCCAGGGUCAGCUGGUUGUGAGCAAUUCGUUAGAAUUUGCAAAUAGCUGGAAAAUGUCCAGCCAGUGCCAAGAUGUAGGUAUGAAUUCUGACCCUUGUGGAGAAAGACCCAAUCGACAUCCCUGGGCAAAAAUGAUGUGCAGCAUUAUAACUGGAAAUACAUUCAAAGAGUGCCACGAUAAGGUUGCUCCCCUCCCAUUUUAUGAAAACUGUGUGAAAGACUCAUGUGCCUGCGACACUGGAGGUGACUGCGAGUGUUUAUGCUCAGCAGUCGCAGCUUAUGCUCAAGCUUGUAAUGCAGCUUCUGUCUGUGUGGCAUGGAGAACACCAGAAAUCUGUCCUGUCUUUUGUGAUUACUAUAAUAACCCAGAUGAAUGCAAGUGGCACUACAACCCCUGCCACAAACCUUGCUACAAGACCUGUUUAAAUCUGGAAGAGAUGUGUAGCAAACCUUUACCCAACCUGGAAGGCUGUUACCCUGUAUGCCCAGAAAAUAAGCCCAUAUUUGAUGAGGAGACUGGGUUGUGUGUGGAGCAAUGUCCAGGUUGCCUUUACAACAAUACCAGAUACAAGGAAGAUGAAGUUAUUUACGAUGUGUCUGACAAUUUAGGAAUGUGCUACUAUGCAAUAUGCAAAAAUUCAACAGUGAUAUUUAAAAAUAAAACUUGCACUACAACCCCAACAUCUACAACUACUACAACCAAAAAGCCAACCACAACCACAACAUCUACAACCCCACCAACUGAAUCUACAACCCAGGAGCCAACCACAACAACCCCCAAAUCUACAACCACAACAACUGAAUCUACUACUACAACUAAAGAGCCCAUCCCAUCUCCACAAUCUACAAUCCCACCAACUGAGCCAACAACUACAACCCAAGAGCCAAUCGCAACUACAACCACAACAUCUACAACCCCACCAACUGAACCUACAACUACAACCCAGGAGCCAACCAAAACAACCCCCAAAUCUACAACCACAACAACUGAAUCUACUACUACAACUAAAGAGCCCAUCACAUCUCCACAAUCUACAAUCCCACCAACUGAACCUACUACUACCACAACCGAAGAACCAACCACAACCACAACAUCUACAACCCCACCAACUGAAUCUACAACUACAACCGAGGAGCCAACAACAACAACCCCCAAAUCUACAACCACAACAACUAAAUCUACUACUACAACUAAAGAGCCCAACACAACUCCAAAAUCUACAAUCCCACCAACUGAACCUACUACUACCACAACCGAAGAGCCAACCACAACCACAACAUCUACAACCCCACCAACUGAAUCUACAACUACAACCGAGGAGCCAACCACAACAACCCCCAAAUCUACAACCACAACAACUGAAUCUACUACUACAACAAAAGAGCCCAUCCCAUCUACACAAUCUACAAUCCCACCAACUGAACCUACUACUACCAUAACCAAAGAGCCAACCACAACCACACAAUCUACAACUCCACCAACUGAACCUACAACUACAACCGAGGAGCCAACCACAACAACCCCCAAAUCUACAACCACAACAACUGAAUCUACUACUACAACUAAAGAGCCCAUCACAUCUCCACAAUCUACAAUCCCACCAACUGAACCUACUACUACCACAACCGAAGAGCCAACCACAACCACAACAUCUACAACCCCACCAACUGAAUCUACAACUACAACCGAGGAGCCAACAACAACAACCCCCAAAUCUACAACCACAACAACUAAAUCUACUACUACAACUAAAGAGCCCAACACAACUCCAAAAUCUACAAUCCCACCAACUGAAACUACUACUACCACAACCAAAGAGCCAACCACAACCACAACAUCUACAACCCCACCAACUGAACCUACAACUACAACCCAGGAGCCAACAAAAACAACCCCCAAAUCUACAACCACAACAACUGAAUCUACUACUACAACUAAAGAGCCCAUCACAUCUCCACAAUCUACAAUCCCACCAACUGAACCUACUACUACCACAACCGAAGAACCAACCACAACCACAACAUCUACAACCCCACCAACUGAAUCUACAACUACAACCGAGGAGCCAACAACAACAACAACCCCCAAAUCUACAACCACAACAACUAAAUCUACUACUACAACUAAAGAGCCCAACACAACUCCAAAAUCUACAAUCCCACCAACUGAAACUACUACUACCACAACCAAAGAGCCAACCACAACCACAACAUCUACAACCCCACCAACUGAAUCUACAACUACAACCGAGGAGCCAACAACAACAACCCCCAAAUCUACAACCACAACAACUAAAUCUACUACUACAACUAAAGAGCCCAUCACAUCUCCACAAUCUACAAUCCCACCAACUGAACCUACUACUACCACAACCGAAGAGCCAACCACAACCACAACAUCUACAACCCCACCAACUGAAUCUACAACUACAACCGAGGAGCCAACCACAACAACCCCCAAAUCUACAACCACAACAACUGAAUCUACUACUACAACAAAAGAGCCCAUCCCAUCUACACAAUCUACAAUCCCACCAACUGAACCUACUACUACCACAACCGAAGAGCCAACCACAACCACAACAUCUACAACCCCACCAACUGAAUCUACAACUACAACCGAGGAGCCAACCACAACAACCCCCAAAUCUACAACCACAACAACUGAAUCUACUACUAUAACUAAAGAGCCCAUCCCAUCUCCACAAUCUACAAUCCCACCAACUGAACCUACUACUACCACAACCGAAGAGCCAACCACAACCACAACAUCUACAACCCCACCAACUGAAUCUACAACUACAACCGAGGAGCCAACCACAACAACCCCCAAAUCUACAACCACAACAACUGAAUCUACUACUACAACAAAAGAGCCCAUCCCAUCUCCACAAUCUACAAUCCCACCAACUGAACCUACUACUACCAUAACCAAAGAGCCAACCACAACCACACAAUCUACAACUCCACCAACUGAACCUACAACUACAACCGAGGAGCCAACCACAACAACCCCCAAAUCUACAACCACAACAACUGAAUCUACUACUACAACUAAAGAGCCCAUCACAUCUCCACAAUCUACAAUCCCACCAACUGAACCUACUACUACCACAACCGAAGAGCCAACCACAACCACAACAUCUACAACCCCACCAACUGAAUCUACAACUACAACCGAGGAGCCAACAACAACAACCCCCAAAUCUACAACCACAACAACUAAAUCUACUACUACAACUAAAGAGCCCAACACAACUCCAAAAUCUACAAUCCCACCAACUGAAACUACUACUACCACAACCAAAGAGCCAACCACAACCACAACAUCUACAACCCCACCAACUGAACCUACAACUACAACCCAGGAGCCAACCAAAACAACCCCCAAAUCUACAACCACAACAACUGAAUCUACUACUACAACUAAAGAGCCCAUCACAUCUCCACAAUCUACAAUCCCACCAACUGAACCUACUACUACCACAACCGAAGAACCAACCACAACCACAACAUCUACAACCCCACCAACUGAAUCUACAACUACAACCGAGGAGCCAACAACAACAACCCCCAAAUCUACAACCACAACAACUAAAUCUACUACUACAACUAAAGAGCCCAACACAACUCCAAAAUCUACAAUCCCACCAACUGAACCUACUACUACCACAACCGAAGAGCCAACCACAACCACAACAUCUACAACCCCACCAACUGAAUCUACAACUACAACCGAGGAGCCAACCACAACAACCCCCAAAUCUACAACCACAACAACUGAAUCUACUACUACAACAAAAGAGCCCAUCCCAUCUACACAAUCUACAAUCCCACCAACUGAACCUACUACUACCAUAACCAAAGAGCCAACCACAACCACACAAUCUACAACUCCACCAACUGAACCUACAACUACAACCGAGGAGCCAACCACAACAACCCCCAAAUCUACAACCACAACAACUGAAUCUACUACUACAACUAAAGAGCCCAUCACAUCUCCACAAUCUACAAUCCCACCAACUGAACCUACUACUACCACAACCGAAGAGCCAACCACAACCACAACAUCUACAACCCCACCAACUGAAUCUACAACUACAACCGAGGAGCCAACAACAACAACCCCCAAAUCUACAACCACAACAACUAAAUCUACUACUACAACUAAAGAGCCCAACACAACUCCAAAAUCUACAAUCCCACCAACUGAAACUACUACUACCACAACCAAAGAGCCAACCACAACCACAACAUCUACAACCCCACCAACUGAACCUACAACUACAACCCAGGAGCCAACAAAAACAACCCCCAAAUCUACAACCACAACAACUGAAUCUACUACUACAACUAAAGAGCCCAUCACAUCUCCACAAUCUACAAUCCCACCAACUGAACCUACUACUACCACAACCGAAGAGCCAACCACAACCACAACAUCUACAACCCCACCAACUGAAUCUACAACUACAACCGAGGAGCCAACCACAACAACCCCCAAAUCUACAACCACAACAACUGAAUCUACUACUACAACAAAAGAGCCCAUCCCAUCUCCACAAUCUACAAUCCCACCAACUGAACCUACUACUACCAUAACCAAAGAGCCAACCACAACCACACAAUCUACAACUCCACCAACUGAACCUACAACUACAACCGAGGAGCCAACCACAACAACCCCCAAAUCUACAACCACAACAACUGAAUCUACUACUACAACUAAAGAGCCCAUCACAUCUCCACAAUCUACAAUCCCACCAACUGAACCUACUACUACCACAACCGAAGAGCCAACCACAACCACAACAUCUACAACCCCACCAACUGAAUCUACAACUACAACCGAGGAGCCAACAACAACAACCCCCAAAUCUACAACCACAACAACUAAAUCUACUACUACAACUAAAGAGCCCAACACAACUCCAAAAUCUACAAUCCCACCAACUGAAACUACUACUACCACAACCAAAGAGCCAACCACAACCACAACAUCUACAACCCCACCAACUGAACCUACAACUACAACCCAGGAGCCAACCAAAACAACCCCCAAAUCUACAACCACAACAACUGAAUCUACUACUACAACUAAAGAGCCCAUCACAUCUCCACAAUCUACAAUCCCACCAACUGAACCUACUACUACCACAACCGAAGAACCAACCACAACCACAACAUCUACAACCCCACCAACUGAAUCUACAACUACAACCGAGGAGCCAACAACAACAACCCCCAAAUCUACAACCACAACAACUAAAUCUACUACUACAACUAAAGAGCCCAACACAACUCCAAAAUCUACAAUCCCACCAACUGAAACUACUACUACCACAACCAAAGAGCCAACCACAACCACAACAUCUACAACCCCACCAACUGAAUCUACAACUACAACCGAGGAGCCAACAACAACAACCCCCAAAUCUACAACCACAACAACUAAAUCUACUACUACAACUAAAGAGCCCAACACAACUCCAAAAUCUACAAUCCCACCAACUGAAACUACUACUACCACAACCAAAGAGCCAACCACAACCACAACAUCUACAACCCCACCAACUGAACCUACAACUACAACCCAGGAGCCAACCAAAACAACCCCCAAAUCUACAACCACAACAACUGAAUCUACUACUACAACUGAAGAGCUUGUGACUGGUCCCACGUUGGUAACAUCAGUGCCUCAAUCAACUGCCCCCCUUAUCUCUCCCACUUCUCCAUGCUACUGCAUAGUUAAUGGAAAGCAUUAUAGUCCAGGGGAUGUAAUAUUCGACAUGGAACAUAUUGGAUCAGGUGUAUGUCUCACUAUGAUAUGUUCUGAUAUUUGUGAGAUUCACAACAAGACUGUCGCCUGCGGUACCACAACCAUUCCUACACCCACUACCACAACUCCUAAUCAUACCUGCCCUGAAUGGAAUGUUGCACAAAAUGAGACCUUCUUAUUGUGCAACUGCACCAUGGCCAGAUGCAUUGAGAAUAAUACAAUUGAAAUAAUUCCAUAUGAAUGUCCACCCCUUGAGAAGAUCAAUUGUACCAAUGGAAAGAACCCAGUUCUUGUGUAUGAUGAGUACCGCUGCUGCCAGCAUUACGCUUGUGACUGUGUUUGUGAAGGCUGGGGAGAUCCUCAUUACAUCACAUUUGAUGGAUUAUACUACAGUUAUCAAGGAAAAUGUACUUACGUCUUAAUGGAAGAGAUUUUACCAAUACAUAAUUUGAACAUUUAUAUUGAGAAUGUAUAUUGUGAUCCCACUGAAGAUGUUUCUUGUCCACGAUCAAUAAUUAUAUCGUACCAAUCAGAAAUUGUCGCACUUAUAAAUUAUAACCUUCUUGGAGCAGCACAGUUGGAGGCACUGAAAAAUGGAAUCCGUCUGAAACUACCUUAUUCACAUCAAGGUGUUAAAAUCUUGGAUUCUGGCAUUAACUUGGUUUUGGAGAUCCCUCGCCUAAAAGUGGUCAUCACAUUUGGAAUAACUGGCUUUAGUGUCACCCUUCCAUAUCAAUAUUUUGGCAAUAACACACAGGGCCAUUGUGGAACAUGCAAUAACAACCAGGCUGAUGACUGCAAGCUGCCUGGAGGCAAGUUAGUAGAAAACUGUGCAGUGAUGGCUGACUAUUGGCCUGCAAAACACAUUUACCAACCCAACUGCCACAUACCAUCUGUACUGCCCACCAAUAUACCUGGACCUCCACCAACCUUUACUCCAUGCAUUCCAGACUCCAUAUGUCACAUGAUUAAUAGCAGUCUCUUUGCAGCGUGCCAUCCCUUUGUCUCUCCUGACCAUUUCUACCAAGGUUGUGUUUUUGAUAGCUGCCAUGUUACUAACCCAGCAGUGGAGUGCACAAGUUUGCAGACUUACUCUGCUGCCUGUGCUCAGGCGGGAGUUUGUCUGCACUGGAGGCACCACACCAGCGUGUGUGCAAAUAACUGCCCGUCAAACAAAGUUUACAAGCCAUGUGGUCCUGCAGAACAACCCACCUGUGAAGACAAUCCUAAUGAACCAACCAUGAACUACACUACCGAGGGCUGCUUUUGUCCUGAUGGAAUGAAACUCUUCAACAAAGAGUCUAGCAUAUGUGUAGAUAAGUGUGGAUGUCUGGAUCCUGAGGGCAUUCCCCGUGAGCUAAAUGAGAAGUUUGAGUACAAAUGCCAAAACUGCAUCUGUGAGGAGUCCACCAAGACUGUGACUUGCAAACCGAAGGCAUGUCCAACACCACCUAGAGCAAACUGCACUGACCCUGGGUUUGUUCUCGUCAACCAAACUAAUCCGUCAGACUCCUGCUGUUCUAACUUUGUUUGCCAAUGUCAAAGCAAGAACUGCCCAGUCUACAACAUGAACUGUCUGGUAGGGUAUAGGCCAGUUGUCAGUGUUCCUGAGGGAAAAUGCUGUGCAGAACUUACAUGUGAGCCUAAAAGAGUUUGUGUCCACAAAAACUCUGAAUACCAGCCCGGCUCUUCAGUUCCUGGGUUUCAUUGUCAGGAUUGUACCUGUAGCAAUGAGAUGGACCCCGAUUCUCAUUUAUUCAAGAUAAAGUGUGAGUUGCAGAAAUGUCAAACGAACUGUGACAUGGGAUAUGAAUAUCUGGACGCUGAUGGAAAUGAAUGCUGUGGGAAGUGUGUACAGACACAAUGUGUUGUCAGCGUUAAUGAUACCAAGAGCCUCUUGAAUCCAGGAGAUACCUGGUCACCACCGAAGAAUAAGUGUCAGUAUUACACCUGUAUUAAGGUCGGUGAUACUUUAACAACGUUCGAGUCACAAAUUGUCUGCCCGCCAUUCCAGCAGAACAACUGCCAACCAGGCACAAUUCAGAGUGCAGCAAAUGGUUGUUGUCCGACAUGCGUGGAGAGGGAGAAGGCCUGCAAGUUAAUACCCAUGAAAAUGUAUGUUAGGCUCAAAAGCUGUCAGUCUAACCACGAGGUAGAUAUGCCAUAUUGUGAAGGAUCCUGCAACACUUUCACCAGGUACUCCAAAGCUGCUACUUUGGAGCAUUCUUGCUCCUGCUGUAGGGAGACACGCUCCAGCAAUCUCACUGUUGACCUGCACUGCCUGAAUGGAGAUGUGGUUCCCUUUUUAUACACCCAUGUGGAAGACUGUGGCUGUGGCCACACAGACUGCACCAGCCCUACUGCACAACAUGUUCGCAGGAGGCGAAGCGCAACACUGGUGUAAUAAAACAUCUGUCAUCACAUUAAUGGAUGUGGAAUGUAAAAAUGUAUUCCCAUAUUGUUUUAACAAUCAUUAAAUCUUUUACAAAGCAAUUACCUUUGUAGAGAGUAUAUUUAUAAAUGAAUCAAAUAAAAAUAUGA